AUGAACAGGUAUACAAAGGAAAGCAGCUUAAGAAUAGGUAGAAACAGCACAUCCUUCGUUACUUUCUCCCUUCCUCUCUUAGAUAAGAUGCGUACUACUCUUCUUUCCCUGUUCUUUGCUUCUCUCUGUGUCGCAUCGCCAUUGGGAAGCGUCGGGAGGCGCCAGAUCGUCAACGAUAUAGACGUCCUCAACUAUGCACUUACACUUGAGCACAUCGAGAGCGCGUUUUAUCGCGGGGGAUUGGAGAAAUAUGACGCUGAAGCCUUUGAGGAAGCAGGCUUUCCAGACGACGUCCGUGCUCGUUUCGUCGAGAUCGCCGAGCAUGAGGCGAGCCACGUCGAGUUUUUAACUGCUGCAGUGGAGGCGUUGGGCGGGGCCGCUACUCAGCCAUGUCAAUACAACUUCCUGCAUACCGACCCGAGGACCUUUGCACUUCUCAGUCAGAUCCUUGAAAGCGUCGGGACUUCCGCAUACACUGGAGCCGCUCGCCUUAUAUCCAACAAAGAUUACUUAACCGACGCAGCGAGCAUCCUCGCAACAGAGGCUCGCCACGCCAGUUGGGUUGCGUCCGCCGCUAAUAAGGUCUCUCCAUGGAGCGGCCCGUUCGAGGCAGCCCUCAUGCCGGCCGAGGUGGUAAUCCUCGUUCUACAAUACAUUACUCUCUGCCCCUCCUCCAACCCACCCUUGCCAGUAACAGUCUUUCCAUCCCUCAUAUUUACCAGCAAGCCCAUCCCUGGACAUACCACCAUCGUCGAGCAGAACCCCACUACAUCCCCUGCGACUCACGUGUCUUUCUUAACCGGUCUCGACAAGAUCUUAGUACCAAUUGCAGAUGGGCAGGUUCGUGUGCCGGAGGGUCUAUCGGGCACCGUCUACGCGGUUGCGACGAAGAGUGGGAAGGGGGCGACGGAUGAUACGAUUAUUGCUGGGCCGGCAGUUUUGUUGUUUGAGGGGGAUUCGACAGGGAAUCUGAUCAACUAG